GUCGGCAGCAGGGAGCUGGGAAGCAAGAAACCGGGAGCGCGGGGCUCAGUAGGGGGGCGGCGGCGGCGGCGGCUCCGGGGAUGGCGGCGGCUCCACUGCUGCUGCUGCUGCUGCUUGUGCCCGUGCCGCUGCUGCCGCUGCUGGCCCAAGGGCCCGGGGGGGCGCUGGGAAACCGGCAUGCGGUGUACUGGAACAGCUCCAACCAGCACCUGCGGCGAGAGGGCUACACGGUGCAGGUGAAUGUGAACGAUUAUUUGGAUAUUUACUGCCCGCACUACAACAGCUCAGGGGUGGGCCCGGGGGCGGGGCCAGGGCCCGGAGGCGGGGCGGAGCAGUACGUGCUGUAUAUGGUGAGCCGGGCAGGCUACCGCACCUGCAACGCCACCCAAGGCUUCAAGCGCUGGGAGUGCAACCGACCGCACGCUCCCCACAGCCCCAUCAAGUUCUCGGAGAAGUUCCAGCGCUACAGCGCCUUCUCUCUGGGCUACGAGUUCCACGCGGGCCACGAGUACUACUACAUCUCCACGCCCACCCACAAUCUGCACUGGAAGUGUCUGAGGAUGAAGGUGUUUGUCUGCUGCGCCUCCACAUCGCACUCCGGGGAGAAGCCGGUCCCCACUCUCCCCCAGUUCACCAUGGGCCCCAAUGUGAAGAUCAACGUGCUGGAAGACUUUGAAGGAGAGAACCCCCAGGUGCCCAAGCUUGAGAAGAGCAUCAGCGGGACCAGCCCCAAGCGGGAACACCUGCCCCUGGCGAUGGGCAUCGCCCUCUUCCUUAUGACACUCUUGGCCUCCUAGCUCUGCCCCCUCCCUUGGCAGGGAAAGAUGGAGUGGGGCUGGGACAGAGCAGGGAGCCUUUGGCCUCUCCAAGGGAAGCCUAACCUUGGGGCCUAGACCCCUCCUCCGAUGGCUGGAAGUGGGGUCUGCACCAUAAAUCUGUGCCCACCCCUUCUGCCCCGUCCCCACCAAGUAGGGCACUGUAGUGGACCAGGCGCAGGGACAGCCAAGGUUUCCAAGUGGCCUUGUGGCUCUGGUAAUGUUUGGUACCAAACCCGGGGGGAUAUAAGGGGCAGUGCUCAGGACUCCCUGCCCCCUGGUACCUUUCUCUGACCCCUGGUGCCCUCCCCCCUUGUCCCCCCAGAGAGAGACAAAUGUGCCCCAGAGAGAGCAAAUCGAAGUGUGGGAGACACCCCCAAUCACUCUCUUCCAGGGACAGAACAUGGGGAGGGGACUGGAUGGGCAAGGGGGUGGCACCGCCUGCUGCCCCCUUCCCCUGUUUACAGCAAUAAGCACGUCCUCCUCCCCCUACUCCCACUCCCAGGAUUGUGGUUUGGAUUGAAUCCAAGUUUACAAGUAGACACCCCUAGGGGGGCCGGCAGUGGACAUGGGUGACAAGGGGUGGGCAUUGGGGUGCCAGGCAGGCAUGUACAGACUCUAUAUCUCUAUAUAUAAUGUACAGAUGGACAGAGUCCCUUCCCCUCCUUAACCCCCUGACCUUCCUUGACAUCCCCUUCCAGCUUCAGACCCCUUCCCCACCAGGCUAGGACCCCACUGGGGGACCACCUGGCCCCUCUUUUGUCUUCUGUGAAGACAGGACCUAUGCAACGCACAGACACUUUUGGAGACCGUGAGACAACAACGCCCCCUCCCCUCCAGCCCUGAGCGGGGGACCCAGCUCCCAGGACCUUGCCCUGCCCAUCCUCUGUGGUCCCCACCCAUUCUCCUGGGCCUUUUUCAAGUGCUUUGGCUGUGACUUUCAUACUCUGCUCUUAGUCUAAAAAAAUAAACUGGAGAU